UAGCAUUCAGAAAAACCCUGAUCCCUGGCCAUGAAAUUUUAAAACUCAAAAGCAGUUUUUGACGUUAUUCAUGAUGAAAAUGACCAAAUAACUUGCAUUUGAAACUUGGAAGUUGGAGAUGGUCUGGUCUGGUCUUGAAAAAGGAUUGGUGCAGUGUGAAUAAUCAAUGAAAAGGACACUCGUUUUGACAUUAUCACUCUAUCUGAGUUGAACUUGUCUGCUUCUGCUGCAAUGUCCUUCCUUCCUCGGCCUUGACAAGAAAACACUGAAUUGAAAGAUAGAACCAUCCGAAUCACUGCCAUUCUCUCACUAAAGAGAGGAACGUGAGAAACCAGGAGCAAAAGAGAAAAUAAAAAGAAACUCAACUCUUCCUAUAUAUACACCUGUCUCCCAACCAAAACAAUAACAUUCCAAGAAAAACUUGCAAUUGCAAAGUGGAUUUUUCAAAAGGAGUAACCAACCCUCGUGAGUUUUAAGUAGUAACUUUGUUUUCCUAGAAUUCAACCUGUCAUUUCUUUUUAGUUAUUUGUUAGCUCCUUCUCUUUCAAGUCCUACUCUCCAUUUCCACUGAAAAUAAGAGGCCCAGAAGACUGCGAGCGGCCUCUCGAUCUUGCAGUUGCCAUACCCUAAACAACUUUUUCAUCCAAAGUGGACGGUCCCUUAAAACCAUAAUCUUCAGAUUUUCCUUUCCUAUUUCGGUUCACAAAACUGUUUUGGAAUAGCUAGAUAAAGCCUCUCCUUUGACUCGAAAGUGGAAAGAGCAUUUCAUCACGCCACUAAUGCAAACCCUUUCUUCAUGAAAACAUCUGAAUCCUAGUCUAUCUUUUUUUUUUUCUGCAGGGAAAAGAAAAUCAAAAGAAAAGAAAGGAGAGAAGAUCAGGAUUAGUUUCAGCUGUAUCCAACCUAGCUAAAACAAAUCUGUUUCUCAUGGACGCCUUUAACACAUCUAUGCCGUUACCUUUUUCCUACACUUUCACUAUCACCAGCAGUAGCUGUACAACUAGCACCGACACCAUCAGCAAUCCUUGGAUGGACAGUAGGAUAUGGAGUAAACUACCACAAAGGCUGCUCGAUCGAGUGAUCGCCUUUCUUCCACCACCAGCCUUUUUCCGAGCUCGUUCCGUCUGUAAGAGAUGGUAUGGGCUCCUGUUUUCCAGCAGCUUUCUGGAAUUGUAUAUGCAAAUAUCACCACGACACCAUUGGUUUCUGUUCUUCAAGCACAAGGCACUGAAGAGCUACAUCUAUAGAAAUACCACCCCUAGUGGUGGCAACGGAGACAACAGAACCAACUUUGUAGGAUACCUCUUUGAUCCCUAUGAUAUUGCAUGGUACCGCCUUUCCUUCAACUCGGUUCCUUCUGGGUUCUCUCCAGCAUCUUCCUCUGGUGGGUUGGUUUGCUGGGUUUCUGAUGAGGCUGGCACAAAAACUCUUAUUUUAUGCAAUCCUCUAGUUGGUUCUUUAAGCCAAUUGCCACCAACACUGAGGCCCCGCCUCUUUCCUUCUAUAGGGUUAACAGUUAGCCCCACAUCUAUAGACGUCGCAGUAGCUGGAGAUGACUUGAUUUCUCCUUAUGCGGUCAAGAAUUUAUCCACAGAAAGCUUUCAUAUUGAUGCAGGUGGGUUUUACUCCAUAUGGGGCAGCACUUCUUCCCUGCCACGGCUUUGUAGCCUUGAAUCCGGUCGAAUGGUGUAUGUUGAUGGUAAGUUUUAUUGCAUGAAUUAUAGCCCAUUCAGUGUCCUAGCUUACGAUAUCGCAGCAAAUAACUGGUUCAAGAUUCAAGCUCCCAUGCGAAGAUUCCUUCGAUCACCAAGCUUGGUGGAGAGCAGGGGAAAGCUUAACCUAGUCGCUGCUGUCGAGAAAAGCAAGCUUAACGUACCAAAGAGUUUGCGACUUUGGGGCUUGCAAGCUUGUGGUACAACAUGGGUAGAAAUUGAAAGAAUGCCUCUGCAACUAUAUAUGCAGUUUGCAGAAGUUGAAGGUGGUAAUGGUUUUGAUUGUGUUGGGCAUGGAGAAUUUAUCGUGAUCAUGAUUCGAGGAUCUGACAGGGCACUGCUGUUUGACAUCUGUAGGAAGAGGUGGCAGUGGAUUCCUCCAUGCCCUUACCUUGUCAGUGGCAGUGACAACAACGAAGGGGAAGCCGAAUUGCAUGGUUUGGCUUAUGAGCCUAGACUGGCUACGCCAGUUAUCAGCCUUCUCGACCAUUUGACACUUCCCUUUCCCUCUUUUAAUGGAUGAUGGAUGAUAGAAUGUUCUAAAUUAGCUAUCUGCCCAAGUCGUAAGUAAUAUUAGUACCGAGUAUGCCCAUAUGUAUGAAGCUUUUGCUCUUUGCUUUCCUGUGUCCAAUAAUGCAUUUAGUGAAUAAAUUUCUCUUAACGACUAGUUAAACAGGCGAGAUGGGUUUGGCGAGUGAAUUUGACAGCUCAAGGCACAUGUUAACUCAGUCGUUUACUAGCACAAAACGUAUGGAGUUAUAACUUUUCAAUCGUUAUUAGAGGAGAUGACCUCUCUCUCUCUCUCUCUCUCUCUCUCUCUCUCUCUCUCUCUCUCUCUCUCUCUCUAUUUUUCCUUUUUAAUGCCAAAUGUUAGCUUCGGAGUAGAAUGUCGUUUUAAAUCAAAGCAAAUAAAAAUCCGUAACUAUCUAUUAUUGGACGUCUUAUAAGAGAUGAGCCAGAUUCGAGGCCUUGGAGUUGGAAGUCUCCUUUCUCAAUUUCCUCCAAAAAGCUUGGGCUUGACAACGCAGAGCACUCUAGGUGGCCGACAGACAUCUUCCACUUGUUGCUGGAGAGGAGA